AUGCAGGUGAUUAAUGCAGAGUCUAGCAUUGGGAAAGCGCCAAAAGCCUGCAAAUUCUGUCGAUCACGCAAGAAAAAGUGCGACAAGGCGCUUCCCAGAUGCGGCUUCUGCGCCAGGCGAAAUCGUCCAUGCGAAUAUUGGAAGCCAAAUCUAUCGACGACUGGUCACUCCACCAUCGCUUCAACUACUGAGAGAGAAUGGUAUUCCUCCCCAUUGGACCAAGAGCGGCCACAAACCCAAGCUAUCGACCUUGCAACUAUCCUCUUUCUCGAUCCCGAUCUACUACGGCUUGGCCAGAUCCAAACUCUACAUGCUAUAUCGGCCAUCCCGCAACACGUGCAGCAACUACUAGGCAGCUUGGAUGAGAUCCGACUCAGCGCGGACAAGUUCUUUGGGCACAUUCAUCAAUGGAUGCCCUUCAUCUCGAAGAAGCGGUUCUAUGAUCUCUACAUGCAGCCCUCCUUUCAUUCUCGACCUGAUGUGACCUUGCUUUUACUAGCACUCAAGCUCAUCACCAAUCUUCCACUUCCUGGCCUGCCCAAUCCUCGUACCCCUUUGUAUCACACGGUCAAGCAUUUCUACCUCGAGGUUGAAGACUCGUUCUCUCUCCUAGUGCUGCAAGCAGGUAUUCUGGUGGCACUUUACGAGCUGGGACAUGGCAUCUACCCGGCUGCCUUCUUGUCAAUCGGACAAUGUGCGAGAUAUGCCCAUGCCUUGGGAAUCAAUACCGGCCACAUGGUGCCAGCUACAAAAGUGCUUACCAUGGUGGAAGUCGAAGAGCGACGGAGAGUAUGGUGGGCCAUUAUCAUUCUAGAUCGUUUCGUGAGCAUCGGUUGUCCAGGACGACCCUUUGCCACUGCAGAUCCACGACUUCAUGAUCUGUUACCGGUCAACGAUGCCGCAUUUGAUAUUGGUACAAUUGAACUCGACGACUUCUCUACGCUCUCGUCUCCGAAGACAGGGCACAUGAGUAAAUUCUCUCUACUGUGUCAGGCUGCUCACCUAUUAGGCCAAGUGCUUCAGCACGUCUCGGGUGAUUCUACGGGCCAAGAUAUCGCCUGGGUACAGCUUGAUCGCACGCUACAGUCGAUGCUCGCUGCUGCAUUGGAUGUCGAUCGCCCAGACUACGAUCAAAUUACAUUCAUCUACAGCGCCCUCGUUGCUUUAUAUACGCCCUACCUACACGUAUCCUCCAAGACCAAAGAUUCCAACCACGACUACUCCCAGCGAGCCCGAGACGUGCUGCACCAGAUAAUAGGCCGAAUUAAUGCGAAUCUCGUCGAACGUCAGUGCUUUUUAGGCCGCGACUCAGAAGAUGUUUCUCCAUGGGGUCUAUAUUUUGCUUAUCGCAUCUGUGGUAUGCUCAUGCGUCCUGGCGAGAAAGCACCGCACGGAGCUGAUGUUCUAAAGAGCCUGCAUGAGGCCUUCCAGACCAUCUCUGUGCGAUGGAAUGUGGCGAGCGUUUACCUUGAGCUAUUAGAGGCACAAAAGGCCAUUCAUUUGGCAGCCUGA